UAUUUUUAUUUCAGGGAUUAAAUCAGAGAGGCAAGUGAUUGUAAUUGAAGUCUAUAGCUAUUUUAUUUUUCAAGCAUGGGAAAAUGUGGAAUUCUUCUUCAGCUUUACAAUUUCUUCUACAUUUUCAUUCUCAUCAUUCUUAUUAGCUUUUUCUGCAAAGCCAAUAAUGAAGAUAAAAAGAUUUAUAUUGUGUACAUGGGAGCACUUCAAGAUAAAUUAUACUCACCAGUCUCACAUCACUAUAACAUUUUACAAAGUGUUAUUAAUAAUAAAAGUAGUUCUGUUGAAGAUUCCUUAGUUAGAAGCUACACAAGGAGUUUCAAUGGAUUCGCAGCAAAACUAACCGAAGAACAAAGAUUGAAGAUCGAAAGUAUGAAGGAAGUAAUCUCUGUUUUCCCAGAUAAAUUACUUUAUAAACAAACAACAAUGUCUUGGGAUUUCAUGGGAUUUGACAAGAAAGUUAGAAGAAAUCCAAGUGUGGAGAGUGACACUAUAAUUGGUGUUAUUGACUCUGGAAUUUGGCCUGAGUCUCAGAGUUUUAGUGAUGAAGGUUUUGGUCCACCUCCCAACAAAUGGAAAGGUGCUUGCAAUGGUGGUCAAAAUUUCACUUGCAACAACAAGAUCAUCGGAGCUCGAUUUUAUCCAACAAUGUCGGGAGAUAAUUCAACAAGAGACGACGAGGGCCAUGGAAGCCAUACAGCGUCGACAGCUGCAGGAAAUGUCGUAAACGGGGCGAGUUUUUACGAGUUAAAGAAAGGUACAGCAAGAGGAGGAGUUCCAUCAGCUAGAAUUGCAGCCUACAAGGUAUGCAGCUCUAGAGGAUGCACUGCAGCUGCCGUUAUGGCAGCUUUUGACGACGCCAUUUCAGAUGGCGUCGAUUUUAUCACUAUAUCCAUUGGAUUUGCUGGAGCUGUAAGUUUCGACAAUGAUCCUGUUUCUAUUGGCGCUUUCCACGCCAUAGAAAAAGGAAUACUUACCAUAAACUCUGCUGGAAACUCAGGCCCUUCUCUUGGAACCGUGUCAAGUGUCGCGCCGUGGAUAAUGACAGUUGGAGCAAGUACAACAAAUCAAAGAAUGAUUGACAAGGUUGUUCUUGACAAUGGAAUCACCAUAAUUGGGAGUUCUAUCAAUUCUUUUAAACUAAAUGGCACAACAUUUCCUCUAGUACAUGGAAAAGACACUUCAACUAAGUGCUCAAGUGAAAUGUCAAGUAUUUGCACAGAUGGGUGUCUAGACACUAAUUUGAUCAAGGGAAAGAUUGUGCUUUGUGACUUUUAUAGAGGAACAAAUGAGGCUUUCAAUGCUGGUGCACUUGGUUGCAUUACCACCAUUGAUAAAUUUGAAGAGUUUUCUUCAAUUGUACCAUUUCCUGCAUCAGUUUUGAACAGUUCAGAUUACAUCAUGCUCUUAUCUUAUCUAAAUUCCACAAAGAAUCCUCAAGCAACAAUAUUAACAAGUGAAUUCACAAAGGACAGUGCAGCUCCUAGUGUUGCUUCUUUCUCAUCUCGCGGGCCUAAUCCUAUAACACCCGAUAUUAUGAAGCCAGAUAUUAGUGCCCCGGGGGUAACCAUAUUGGCUGCAUACUCACCUGAAAGCUCACCAACACAAGUCUACGAUGAUAAAAGGCGUGUUAAGUACAACAUACUAACCGGAACCUCUAUGGCUUGCCCACAUGUUGCUGGUGUUGCAGCCUAUGUCAAAACAUUUCACCCUAAUUGGUCUCCAUCAGCCAUUAAAUCAUCUCUUAUGACCACAUCUUGGUUGAUGAGCAAUAACACUAAGGAAUCAUAUGGAGAAUUUGAUCAUGGUUCUGGACAUGUCAACCCAUUACAAGCUAUAAAUCCAGGACUUGUUUAUGAAGCAUUUGAAGAAGACUACAUAGAGUUUUUAUGCAGCAUUGGCUAUGAUAAUAACAGAGUUAGACUCAUAACAGGACAUAAUAACAUUACAUGUCUUCACAAAAGAUCACCAAAAGAUCUCAAUUACCCUUCAAUGACAGCCGAAGUUGGGGUUCGAAAAUCGUUUAGUAUUCGAUUUCGAAGAAGGGUUAAGAAUGUUGGUCAAGGAAACUCAACUUAUAAGGCCAAAAUUACCUUAUCAAAUUCCUCAUCACUACUAAUUGGUGUCAAAGUAGUGCCUGAAGUUCUUUCUUUUAAGUCACUUAAUGAAGAAAAGGGUUAUGAUUUGAUUGUUAAUGGAAGUGGUUUAUCAGAGAAUUCUAUGGUGUCUGCAUCAUUGGUUUGGUUUGAUGGGAUUUAUAGUGUUAGAAGUCCAAUUGUAUUGCACAAUUUAAAAGGAGUAAUCUAAGUUUGGAUUGAUAAUUAUGUUUAUUUUGUUGAAGUGAUGGUAAAGAAAGAAGUCAAUAAAGCUCGAUUGUUUACCUAAA